AUGGGCACCCUGGGCAAGGCGAGAGAGGCCCCGCGGAAACCGUGUCAUGGCUGUAGAGCUGCCACUAAAGCAAGACUAGAGGCGAAGCCAGCCGGCAGCCCCGUCCCCUCCCAUCCCAGCCUGGCCCAGAUCACCCAGUUCCGAAUGAUGGUGUCUCUGGGACAUUUAGCCAAAGGAGCCAGCCUGGACGAUCUCAUCGACAGCUGCAUUCAAUCUUUCGAUGCAGAUGGAAACCUGUGUCGAAGUAACCAACUGUUGCAAGUCAUGCUGACCAUGCACCGAAUUAUCAUUUCCUCUGCUGAGCUGCUCCAAAAAGUUAUCACCCUCUAUAAGGACGCCUUGGCAAAGAACUCACCAGGGCUUUGUCUGAAGAUCUGCUAUUUUGUAAGGUACUGGAUAACAGAAUUCUGGAUCAUGUUUAAAAUGGAUGCCAGCUUGACAAACACUAUGGAGGAGUUUCAGGAGCUGGUGAAGGCUAGUGGUGAGGAGUUACACUGCCACCUGAUCGACACAACUCAAAUCAAUGCCCGGGACUGGUCCAGGAAACUGACCCAAAGGAUAAAAUCAAACACCAGCAAGAAACGUAAGGUUUCCCUGCUCUUUGAUCACCUGGAGCCCGAGGAGCUGUCGGAGCACCUCACCUACCUGGAGUUCAAGUCCUUCCGGAGGAUAUCAUUCUCCGAUUAUCAGAAUUACCUCGUGAAUAGCUGUGUGAAGGAGAACCCCACCAUGGAGCGGUCCAUCGCCCUGUGUAACGGCAUCUCCCAGUGGGUACAACUAAUGGUUCUCAGCCGCCCCACCCCACAGCUCCGGGCAGAAGUCUUCAUCAAGUUCAUCCAGGUGGCUCAGAAACUCCACCAGCUGCAGAACUUCAAUACACUGAUGGCUGUGAUAGGUGGGCUCUGUCACAGCUCAAUCUCCAGGCUCAAGGAGACAAGUUCGCACGUCCCACAUGAAAUCAAUAAGGUUCUGGGUGAGAUGACCGAGCUGCUGUCCUCCUGUAGAAACUAUGACAACUACCGGCGGGCCUAUGGGGAGUGCACCCAAUUCAAGAUCCCCAUUCUGGGGGUGCACCUCAAGGACCUCAUCUCCCUGUACGAAGCCAUGCCCGACUAUCUGGAAGAUGGGAAGGUCAAUGUCCACAAGCUGCUGGCCCUUUACAAUCAUAUCAAUGAACUGGUCCAGCUGCAAGAGGUGGCCCCGCCCUUGGAGGCCAACAAGGACUUGGUGCACCUGCUGACGUUGUCCUUGGAUCUCUACUACACUGAAGAUGAAAUCUACGAGCUUUCCUAUGCUCGGGAACCAAGGAACCACAAAGCCCCACCACUAACACCUUCAAAACCACCAGUAGUGGUGGACUGGGCCUCUGGAGUAUCUCCCAAACCGGACCCAAAGACCAUAAGUAAACACGUCCAAAGGAUGGUAGAUUCCGUCUUCAAGAACUAUGAUCAUGACCAGGAUGGAUACAUUUCUCAGGAAGAGUUUGAAAAGAUUGCUGCCAGUUUUCCCUUUUCCUUCUGUGUGAUGGACAAAGACAGGGAAGGCCUCAUCAGCAGAGAUGAGAUCACAGCCUACUUCAUGAGGGCCAGCUCAAUCUACUCCAAACUGGGCCUGGGCUUUCCUCACAACUUUCAAGAGACCACCUAUCUGAAACCUACAUUCUGUGACAACUGUGCUGGAUUUCUCUGGGGAGUGAUCAAACAAGGAUAUCGAUGUAAAGACUGCGGGAUGAACUGCCACAAACAGUGCAAAGAUCUGGUUGUGUUUGAGUGCAAGAAGCGAGCCAAGAACCCAGCAGCUCCCACAGAGAACAGCACCGCUGGAGGGCCAACAUCCACCCUUUGCUCACUGGGAGCCAAAGACCUGCUCCAUGCACCUGAGGAAGGGCCUUUCACAUUCCCUAAUGGGGAGGCAGUGGAACACAGUGAGGAAAGUAAAGAUCGGACCAUCAUGCUCAUGGGAGUGUCCUCACAGAAGAUUUCUGUUCGGCUGAAGAGGACUGUCGCCCACAAGGCCACCCAGACGGAAUCACUGCCUUGGCUUGGCAGUGAGGGUCCUUCUGGGACCUUGAUGCUGUCCUCCCCAAGGAAGACAGCCCAGGAUACUCUGUAUGUGCUUCCCAGUCCCACAUCUCCAUGCCCCAGCCCCGUCUUGGUCAGAAAGCGGGCUUUUGUCAAGUGGGAGAAUAAAGAAUCCCUCAUAAAAUCAAAGGAGGAUCUCCGUCAUCUCAGACUCCCAACUUACCAAGAGCUGGAACAGGAAAUAAAUACCCUGAAAGCAGAUAAUGACGCUCUAAAGAUCCAACUGAAAUAUGCACAGAAGAAAAUAGAAACCCUCCAACUUGCAAGAAGCAAUCAUGUCUUAGCUCAAAUGGAGCACGGUGACUGUUCUUAGCCCAGAAACUGAAGAAGCACAAUGUGUAGAGGAGUAUAUCAGAGAUCUCUUAACUAAAAUGAGUAACACAAACACCUGGGGAACCUUAGAUCGACCAGUUAUUUUAAAAGGGUACUUUAAAACAGAAAAGUUUUGUUUUUUUUUUUUACUUGAAAGACUCCUCAUGAGUGGAACUGUCUUCU